AUGACAGACGAUCGUGUUGUUAGGUGGCUGAACGAGAUACGCGUUCUCGAUGGUGGUGUCGGGAGCGAGUGCCAAAAAAGAUCACAUCUUCCAAUCGAUGGUCACAAGGCAUGGAGUUGUCGGUUACUGAAAGAAGACCCGAACUUGGUAUGUGAAGUACACAAAAGCUAUCUCCGCGCAGGCUGUGAUGUUCUCUCGACCAAUACCUACCAGGCCUCACCGCCAACCCUGGCAAAAGCGCUGAAAAUCAGUGACUCGGAAGCAAGAGAACUCAUGCGACAUGCCGUUCGUCUGGUCCGAAGAGCAAUAGCCACGACAGACGAAGAGAGUUUUGCCUCGAACACGCAUCAGUGGAAGAAUCGUAAAUUGCCUGUAUUGGUGGCUGGCUCCCUUGGCCCCUAUGGUGCAUGUUUAGCCGACGGUUCCGAAUACUCCGGCAGUUAUGCAGAUAGGAUGACCUUUGACGAACUUGUGGAGUUUCAUUACGCCCGAGCAAAGAUCCUAGUGGAUGCUGGUGCCGAUUUCUUGGCGUGGGAAACUAUCCCCAUAUUGAUGGAAGUAGUUGCAAUAGUCGAGGUGAUGCGACGACUACCCCAAUCUCUUGCGUGGCUCUCUGUCGCCAGUUCCAACGGACAAACAACGGUUGGAGGCGACCCACUUCACCAGGUUGCUUUGGAAAUACAAAAGUGUGACCAAAUAUUCGGAAUAGGCGUGAACUGCUGUAUUGAGCACGAUAAAAUCGGGCUGGCAUUAUCCAAUCUCAACAUAGGACAAGAUGGGUGCGGUCCCGGUACGGACGACGGCUAUCACCCGCCUCCUUGUUCAAAGCGCCCAGAUCACCUGGAUAAGCUGUCCACAAAACCGCGCAAGCUCUUGGUACUGUACGCGAACAGUGGUGAGAUGUGGUUGCCCCCACCAAAAGGAUUAAGUCGAAGACGUGGACGUUGGGUAUGGCCACCGAACAAAGGACCGAGUGUUUGGGCACGUACGAUAGUCCAAUUUUCAAUGCGCCGCUGUGCAGAUUGGGAAAAAGAGUUGUUGAACGGUGUGGCUGUUCGACUAAGCGAUCCAGAAGCGGUCUAUCCAAAGGCACAAUGGGUGGGAGGUUGUUGUCGUGUUGGUCCUAUGGAAAUCCGUCAUUUGGCGAUCUUGAUGAAACCGGACGAGGUCCAAAAUAUUUUCCUUGAAACAGCCCUAACAAGUUCCUCUGUUCAAUCUCCCGCGUCGACUGUGUUAUUCAGAAGACAAUCAGCUCGAAAUAAGCGCAGAUUGCCAGGAAACUAUCGGAGAAGAAUUCAACCGCCACGGGCUGUGAAAACUAGACAUUCUGUUGGCCACAACCAAGAAAAACAUUGA